CCCGUAGGCUCGUCAAAUCCUGGCUCAGAACCUGUAGGAGGAACGCAAUUCUACGCUGCAACACCACUCAACCUCACAUCCGCACUCGCCGUCACUCUGUCCUACUCUGUCUUUUUUCCCGCUUCUUUCGAUUGGGUCAAGGGGGGAAAGCUACCCGGCUUGUACGGUGGGCGGGAAAGCUGCUCGGGUGGUGAUGAAGCGUCCGACUGCUGGAGCGCAAGGUUCAUGUGGAGACCGGAUGGCGCAGGAGAAUUGUACAUGUAUCUCCCACAGGUGCAACAAGAUCCAGCGAUCUGUCAGCUUCCGCCCCACACCAUUUGCAAUGGCGACUAUGGUCUUUCACUAGGUCGAGGAUCUUUCAGCUUCACCAGGGGCGCAUGGACGCGUCUGACCCAGACCAUCGAGCUGGGGAUAGGCGCCAAUGUGCAAGACGGCAAAUUGACAGUGUACAGUAAUGGUCGUCAGGUGCUGCAUUUCGAUCGAGUCGCUUUUCCCGCUGCGCACAAGGGUCUAUUCUUUUCUACCUUCUUUGGUGGUCACGGAGACGAAUGGGCCACGCCUCGGCCGCAAGCAGUCUAUUUCAAAGGCUUCCGAGUGACCAUCACCAGGUAG